UGUGAAAUGUGGGUUUCUGGGCGUUACUUUGGGGAAGUUGUGGUCAGAUUUAGGGGAGGUAACACCCACUGAGCUUUAUAAAGACAGAAGAAUGAAAUAGAUUAGCUCAGGCUGAAAGAGAACAGCGAUCUGUGCAACACUGGAGGCUUAUCUGCUCACUAAUGUCCCACCCCGGCAAGAUGAAAAAGACAAAAUACCCCAGUGCUUGUAAUGGCACUGCGACUCCAGCACUUGCCAAUGGUAGUGAUGAGAGGGGCCAGAUGAGUCAAAAUGUGGCCGUAGGGAAUCAGGUGAUCCUCAGAAAGAAAAACAGAGGGCUCAAAGAGAGGUCACCACACAGCCCGGAGCCCAGCAGCGAGCGUCCUUUGUCAGCAGUCUCCACCUCUAACGUGACCCCCAACUUUCAUAAGAGACGCUGGUCGGUCCACUACUGCAGAUGUGGGACCUCCCCUGUCAUCAUGGUGAACAAGACCAAGAAGGAACCACAGCCUCCUGAGCGUAGUGCAUCGCUCCCGCAAACCCCUGUAGCAUCCCGUGAUCCAGUAAAACGCUACUCCUGCCCCCCCAUGGGGAUCUUACCCUCACCAAGUCACUCCUCAUCUUCUUCCACCUCUUCCACCACCUCAUCCUGCUCCUCUCCUUCUCCAAUUAAGACAUCGGCCAUCAUCGGCCACGACCCUCUGGGCUGGAAGUUGCAUCCCAAGUCCAGCUCCCGAGCUCGCACUAACAGGCUCUCCCUGCAGAUUCCACUCCCCACAAUCCCUGAUGUUAACCCUCUGAAACCUGAGCCAUUACCUAAAACCAAACCCGCCCUCAAACCCAAACCCUCACGACGACGCCACUCUGACUCAGAAGCCUUCCUCCAAUCUCAGAGGAUCCAAAUGCCCACGGUGACGCUGGAUGAACUCUGUGCUGUGCAUCUUCGCCCGCUUGCCCUUUCAGAUGAGUCUGACGAUGUGUUCAGUGAGGGGAAUGAAAAUGACCCCAGGGCGACCCCUCGCAAAAUACCGCCACCCGUUCUGGAAAAAACAGCCAUGGCUAGACAAAUAGCACAACUUAUUGCCUAUUCACGCCUGGGCUAUAAAAGCAACAAAGAUGAAAACAUUUAUACCAGGAUAAUAAAGCCAGAACUUAAACAUUCACAUCAGAGUGUGGACCACAACAGAAUACAUGCUACAAAAAAUGGCAUGCAGCAUCUUCACAUCAGCUGCGACAGUGAAAGGUCCACCCCACGCUUCCCGGGCUGAGAGAUCUAAGAGAUAGGAACUGAAAAGACCUCUAAUCAUCGACUCCACGUCCCAUCUAUUCUCUAUAGAGUAGAAUAAUUCUUCCUCUCUGUUGAGGAGACUUUUAAUUUGUUCUUUUUGUCAGUUUAUGGGGAUGAAGUAAUAGCUGUAUUGGAAAAAACAAGGUGUGCAGAUGAUGCAAUUACUGCAGCUUAUAAUUACAUAAGCAUUACUUACGGUGUAAUACUCUUUGUGGUAAAAUCUGAAUUUAUAGAUGUAGGCAAGGUGCAAUGACAAAGGAUAGGGUUAGGUAAAUAGGAAAUGAGCUGUUCCAGCUAGAGAUGUACAUACAAUUGCAUUGCUCAUUUUAGCUUCUCAAGUGAUGACUUAUUAACCGAGCUUUUAAGUAUACCUGUAUCCUACAUGCAAUGUCUUUAUAAAUUAAAAAAAUCAAAUAUCAUUGAAAUUAU